UGAUGUGACGGCACUGCAGCUCGCUCAUCCUAUCGAUUUUCGUGUGCCGAUGAAAGUGUCGAGUUCCUCGGUCUAGUUUUAGUGUUAAACGAAUAAACGGUUUGAAUGGGAUUCAUUUAUAAAAAGCAAGUUUUAAGUGGUGUGUGAUCAGAGCUUCUCCAAGAUGACGAAGGACAGAUUGGCAGCGCUCGUUGCGGCCCAGAGCGACGAUGACGACGUCGGACCAGAUGAUGUUGCUGUCAACGUCGAGGGGCGCGAUGGGUUCAUGGAUGCAUUCUUCAGUGAGGUGGAAGAUAUACGGGACAUGAUAGAUAAGAUCCAAGCAAAUGUAGAAGAAGUGAAGAAGAAACAUAGUUCUAUUCUUUCUGCGCCUCAGAGUGAUGAAAAAACGAAACAAGAACUUGAAGAUUUAAUGGCCGAUAUAAAGAAAACUGCCAAUAAAGUCCGUGCCAAGCUUAAAGUGAUAGAACAAAAUAUAGAGCAAGAAGAACAAAUCAAUAAAUCAUCGGCGGAUUUGAGGAUACGGAAAACACAGCACUCGACGCUAUCCAGGAAGUUUGUAGAAGUCAUGACGGAAUAUAAUCGAACGCAAACGGACUACAGGGAACGAUGUAAAGGGAGAAUACAAAGGCAAUUAGAAAUCACCGGUAGACAAACAACAAACGAAGAAUUAGAAGAGAUGUUAGAACAGGGAAACCCAGCAGUGUUCACACAAGGUAUUAUAAUGGAAACGCAACAAGCCAAGCAAACCCUAGCGGAUAUAGAAGCGAGGCAUGCGGAUAUUAUUAAAUUAGAAAAUUCAAUCAAGGAACUUCAUGACAUGUUCAUGGAUAUGGCGAUGCUAGUCGAGAACCAGGGAGAAAUGAUCGAUCGUAUCGAGUACCAUGUAGAACACGCUGUGGAUUAUGUACAAACAGCAACCCAAGAUACCAAGAAAGCGUUAAAAUACCAAAGCAAAGCGAGGCGGAAGAAAAUUAUGAUCUUAGUCUGCGUAACAAUUCUCGGAUUAAUAGUCACAGUCACCAUUGGAAGUUACUUGGGGCUGAUGGGGUAAAUAUUGAUGGUGAACCAAUUUUCGACUAAUCAUCGUUCUUCUUCGCUUGCUCCGAGCAUAAAUUUGCAUUGUUUGUUGUUGAGACAGUCUAUGUAGUUAUUUUUAUUUGACAAAUUUUUGGUUUGUAGCUUAGAGUGCAGAUGUAAUUAUAAAAGGAACAUGUUCAAGAAUCUUGGCAAACAUUUGCUGUAGCAAUAAUAUGUAAAUGUUGAGUUCGACAAUGUGUGAUAUUUAAGCAGACGUUAAAUUUUCGUUUUAAAAUUGUCUAGAAAUGUUACUGCGUACUAGUGUACAGAGUUACUGUUUUCUAUGUCUAUAGAACAGAAGACAAGUUUUUAUUUUGGGCAUAUCGAGAAAAGGUGCCAGUUUUUCUUUAUAACCUUUAUGUAAAUUGAGGUCUGAAAUUACCGUGUAAUAUAUUUUAAGAAAAUGUUGAUUAAUAGUGUUAGCUUAAGAUAGAUUUUUAGGUGUAGCAGCUACUGUUGUUCUUUAUAGAGGGGUGCACACACAAUCAGUAGAUUUUGAAAGGCCUAACUAAAAUUCGGAAGACAGUACCUUCAUAUGUACCUGUUGCACGUAACUACCCAGACUGUACACAUUCAACCCCAGUCGCCAUACAAAAGAGAAUAUUUUUUUAAACUAACUUUUGAACUUUCCCAUCAAAAAAUCACUAAAGACGACUGACUUAGAAAUUAAAUCCAAAUAAAAUAUCAAGACUUAGCAUAUCAUGCUACUUAAGUUAAUCAAGAUUAAUAGACUUGCACUUUAGGGAUUCCAGGCACAAGGUUUUGUUACGUUAAGAAAAUUUCCUAACGUAACAAGCGUUGAGCUGUUUGAUUUAUCGAUAAGUUUUUGGCGGGAAAUUUUGAAACUAUCUACACUUCAUCUUUUAAGCACUGAUAUCAUUAUGGCGAAGCGGUCGUACAUACAUCAGGUUUAAGAAAAGUAGAUCACAUAAGGCCAAUUCACACAAAAGCGAUCAGUUGUGCUAGUAACAACUGGAAAGUUGUCUAUUUUUAUGAGGAAAAGUUUUAAAAAUUGCACUUUUUUGGAGAUAUUUAAAAAUGUAGAACACGAUUUUAUUUUACGGUUUUACAUAGUUCCAGGAGAAUAUUUACACUUAAAAAAAUAGAGAUAAGACAUGAAUAUACUGACGGGACCGUAAAAGGCUGUUAAAAUUUUUGCAUCUGCAAUGAACUACACGUAAUACUUACUUGUAUAUGAUAACAAUUAUGUUGUGUCAAACUUUAUGCCUACAACUGACUUUUUCGAGGGAGCAAAGAGUUCAUUUUUUGUUCGUUUCGUGUCUACUACCACACUUCAUUUUGUUUGUUUUUGGUUUAGCUGAAGUUAGCUUUGGAUUUGGAUCCGUGUUUUACUGACUUAAGUUAGGGUCAGUUUUGCGUGGAACCAGAUAGAUAAUAAAAGCUUCACACCGGAAAUGACUAUAUCGAAAAAGAAGCUAACUUCAUUAUUGUUAUUUUUGGUCUUUUUGCCGUGUAGUGUUGUGUGCGUCCAAGAACGAAACGCACCAAAACGGUAACUUCCAAAAAUUCAAGUGAACUACACUAUAAAAAUAAAAUGGUGUUCUAUCCAGAAACAACUUCUGACAAAAACAAGACUUGUAUAACGUAACUGAGACUGCAACUUGAAAAUAUCGUUGAAGUAAUCUAAGUCCUCUAGACUAAUGUUAUUUUUUAAUGAUUUUAGAUAUAAUAUAUGUAUACCGAAAUAAGAGGCGAAUUGUUCGUUUCUGCGUGGAAUGGCCUAGCGUUAUUGUCUUCCGUCAUCCCUUUUGCCCUUUUCAGUUGGUUACCGUUUAGUUUGUACAUUUCUAGGCUUUCAAGGAUCUCUGUAAUAAUGAAAAUAAGUCUUUCGUCAUAUUUAUGUAUGUAGACGAUUUUGUACUGGACCUAAAUCAUAGCAUAGUUCCAGUAUGGCGGUGGCGUUAGUAAUUCACUUUCUGCUAGUGAAUUGUAACACCAGCGAAGCAAUUCAAGUUAUACGUGUCAAUUCAAUUGGAAAAAUCUUUGAAACUUAUAAUGUAAUAAAUUUUCUUGCAUCUUUAAGUGUCGAUGCAAACAAGUGAGAUAUUAAUGUAGUUAAAAAUACUUUUUAUCAUGUAAGUAGUUCUUUGAGAUAUGAGUAUGUAGUAGAGAUAGGCUAUUUUGAACAAAAUAAAAACGAUGUUACACAUCUGUACAUUAUGUUCACAAGUUGAAAUUAUUUUUGUUUAUGUCUAGCAUAGUUUUACAAAGAAAUGGCAAUAUUUAUAUAUAAUAUCAGCUCCUUUAACCAUACUCGUUCGAUGAAUCAUCGUCGCUCUUCUCGCACUUCAUGUUUUAUCUUUAUUGUGAUUUAUACAAUGAUCAUCGACUUUUUUAUAGUUGUAGAUUAGGUUAAUUAGGCGAUUUUGAGGAAAAGUGAGAUGAUUCAUUCAACUUUAUUUAAACAAUGGCCAAAAAAAGCAUAAGACUUGCAUGGUGAUACACCAAUUUAAACCAAAAACCGUGGUUAAAGGAGAACCUUGUGAUUCUAUGUAUGUGUCCUUUUCAACUUUAAAUGAGCACAAAUGUGAAAACGUACUUCAACAAACUAAGUGUAAUAGAUAAUAGUUUCCUAGUCAUAUUGUUAUUUUAUUUAAUUGUUGAGGUUAUUAGUAUGUAACUGUACACUGCAAAAGUAUUGAAGCGUACCCUGACCACUAGCGAAACUUUGUUAUAAGAAAAUCUUUAUUUUUGAACGCUGGUGUUGAGGGCGCAGUCCCCUCACUCGUGUGUUGUGACCUUUGUAGCUAGUGGCACCUGUGUCUAUGUCUGCUCCUUGUAACAUGUCAAAUGAAUGUGCACGCAACCUCCACAAGAUGAUACGACAAAUUAAUCACUUCAUUUCACUUGUAAAUACACUAGUUGUGACCUAAUUGCUUUCACGUAAAGUUUAUACAUUAGACAAUAAUAUAUAGUACCAUCAUUCGUAGAGUUUACGUUCUACAUAUAGCAGAACCAUAACGAGUGUCAUCUUGUGGAUUUGUACCUAUGUAAAUUAGGAGAUUCAUUUAAAUCUAUAUAAUAUACAAUAUUUGAA